AUGGAUGUUGCAGCAGCAGCAGGAAAUCGUUCGUUACGUCGUGGUUUACGUUUGCUGCUGCUGCAAGGGAAGCAGCAGCAGCAGCAGCAGCUAGAUGCAGCAAAUAAAACUAUUGCCUUUAUCUUUGAGAAAGGACCAGUGGUCAUGUGGAUAGCAGCAGCAGAUAAAAGAGCAAAAGAUAAAAGACAAAGUAGAGAAUUAUUAUCUAGUCUACUUUUUUUUCUUAGUCAUUUUGCUUCUCGAUUUGUAAGAGCAGAUAUGGUACAAGAAGACGUCAUGCGUUUUGCUUAUAUUAGCCAAGUACGAAGAAUGUAUCCUACCUAUGAAGUGCCCAAGUCAAGGAUCCUUCAGGACUGCAUUUACCUCAAGGAAAAAAGAUUAUUUUUAUUUUAA